AUGGUUAUGGUUUUGUUAUGGGUUAUACAACAGUUUGUUCAAACAACAGCCAUUACACAUUGGAAGGGAAUGGGUCGAGAGAUAGUAAGUUUUUACCGACAGCUUGAGGCAGCAAAACGUUUUCUUCUUCACAAUGGAUAAAUAAGCCAUCAAAGCUUUUCUGGCUGUGCAUCCCACUUCACUCAUCAUGGAGUCAAUGGACCAAGAUGAAGGAAACUCUGGAGAUGAAAUGUUUAUGGAAGUCUGUGAUGAUGGAGAUGUUGAAAGUGAACCAGCAGGAGAGCAGAUUGUGGAAGGAGCAAGUGGAUCUCAGAGUAUAGGACACGAGACUGAACUGGGGGACAGACGAGAAAGCGAACAAGAGUACACCAUGCCAGUGUUUGAAAAUGGUCGAUUUAGAAACCCCUGGAAAUCUUUGACUCGCACGAAAAUAACGAAUUUGUUCAGAUUCAUAUUUUGCUCAAGAGAUGAGGGCCGAGUUCCUAAAAAAGCUGAACUGGACAGGACCCUUCCUGUCCUUCAGCCUGAUUUGACAGAGUUCUCUGAAGCUCCUGUCUCUGGAAUUCGGCAUAUGUGGAUCGGCCAUGCAUCAUCUCUUGUUCAGUUUGAUGGUGUAACAUUUCUCACAGACCCUAUAUUCAGUGAAAGGUGCUCCCCUGUCCAAUUCGUGGGCAUAAAGCGGUAUCGACCAACACCUUGCUCUGUGGAAGAGCUUCCUCUGGUGGAUUUUGUACUUAUCAGUCACUCACAUUACGACCACUUGGACCAUAAUACUGUUGUUGCCUUAAAUCAAAGAUUUGGUAUAAGCCUCCGAUGGUAUGUUCCAAGUGGACUAAAAAAAUGGAUGAAUGAACGCGGUUGUGACAAUGUGGUGGAGAUGACUUGGUGGCAGGAGAAUGUGUUCAACGAAAACCUCAAUGUGAAAGUAGCGUGCACUCCGUCUCAGCAUUGGAGCAGAAGAACAGGAAGUGAUGAAAAUAAGGUGCUAUGGUGCAGCUGGUGUGUUGUUGGGCCCAAACACAACUUCCAUUUCUGUGGAGACACUGGAUACUGUGAAGGGCAUACUCAGAUUGGAAAGAGAUAUGGUCCAUUUACUUUGUCUACAAUACCUAUAGGAGCUUACAGCCCUAGACAUUUGAUGUCCAAUAUGCACAUAGAUCCAGCAAAUGCAGUCAACGUUCAUCAUGACAUUAAGUCACAAGCAUCAAUAGGAAUCCACUGGGGGACUUUUGCACUUACCAAUGAGCCUUAUUUGGAGCCAAAGGAGUUACUGGGAACAGAGGUGCAAAACCGCAACAUGAAACCUUCGUCUUUCUUCACAGUCAAACAUGGAGAAAUCCUCCUGGUUGGAUCAGAUCACUUUGAUGAUGUGGAUUAAUGAGACUGAAGUCGGUGCUCUCAUUUUUCUUGCCUUAUGAGUGGAGUAUUCUGUGAUAUCUUUGUUAAAUGCCGCUCAAAUGGCAUAAAAGAUAAAUAAAACAACAUUUUGUAUUUGAAGUCAAGCAGUGUUCUUACAGGAAUACAACCAUAUUCGACGGUUGUGACUUUUUGCUAGUAGGUAUCAUACAGAACUGCAGUGUGGAUGGCUGUUCUCAAUGUAGCAUUUUUUUACAUUGGUUGUUUUCGGGUGGUUUUAAUUGGCUUUCCAGCCGGUACUGUAACGUCAUCGUAUUAGAGAUGGGCUAUGUAAUCAGAGAUUUUGUGCUUUAGAAAAGUAUACUGAGAGGUCUUUAUCCCAUGCUUAUUUUGUAUAUCUAAGUGCGUAUUUGAAAAUUAUAGGGACUAUGUUAUGCUUCAAGAGUAUAUUUUAUAUGUAUGUAAAAACUGGUGAUAAUAUCUUUACAAUUGUUAAUCAAAGUCUUAAUUUGUACAUUUAUUUUAUCUUUCUCAGAUGUUGAAAUUUAAAAAAAUAUUUAUUUCUAUUAUCCCUAGCUUUGUGUCACAAGGCGGAGUUGAACUGUGCCCAAUCCUCCUCCUUUCACAACCAGGUUUUGGUCUGGCUAUUUCAGGGGUCUUUCUAAAUGAGGAUGGUUUAAAUUCCUUUGUGUUUUCACAGACAUGCAUCUUGGUUUUGAACACUAAUUUUGUACAUUUUUUUCUCGAAAUUUUGACAAUUAUAGACAAAGUUGUCAUCACCUGAUCGGAGGUAAUAUACAGCAUCCAAUCUGCUCUCUUGUACUCUAAUUAAAUCUUUGGGACCC